UCCAUUUAUCUAUAAGUAAGAGAGUUAGUCUUUUAUUGCAGUAAAUCGUUACGAGUUUUCGAACGACGCGUCGUCCAGGUUUUCUUACUUAGUUUUGCGUUCAGCUACAAAUUCCCCCUUUGCCGUCCCUGGAGAGUGUUUUUUUGGUCCUAGCACCAGGUAUCUACUACAACAACACUACGUCAUAUCGAUCAGCAUUCAAUACUUGCCUUGUUUUUGGCAAAGAACUUGUGAAAAAUUGCAAGCAAGUUAUUUUUGAGGAUUAAUAUUACAAUCCACGAGCCAUUUCUUUAAUUUAUCAAGAAACAUGUGCCCGAAAGAAAAACCAAUUCAUUUCACGGCGACUUCACGAGCGAACAAAAGAAAACUGUUAAAAUAACCACGAAACGUUCAGAUUUCACCCGACUGAUAAGUGAAUUUCACUUAAAAACGACAAGAUGGCCAUGGUUCGGAAACAUUGCUUUGUUAUCAUGUUAUUGUUGCUGGAAGUCGGUGUUCUAUCCAACGGCCAGACCAUACAACCUAAAUAUACUUCUACAUCACCCAACGACAAUGCAAAUAGUGCUAAUAAUGCAAUAAGGAAUUCAGUUGUUUCAACUCUCACAAGAGCAACAACAUCAACGAAGGAGCCUUCAACAAAGAGUGUACUUCCAGUAACUGGUAAAGUUAAAACAAAAAUGUCUCUCUUAGCUCAGAAAUUGGAAUUGAAAGAUGGAACAAGUAUAAACAGAACAGCAGCUAGUACAAGUGCUGACUCAAGGGGAGAUGAUGAUGGUCUGCCUCUCUGGGCUUACAUUUUGAUUGGUGUUGUAGGAGUUCUUCUUCUUACAGUAUUGGUUUGUUUAGUGUACACAAAGUUUAUCAAGUGGAAAGAUCAUGGAACAUACAUGGUAUGGGAUGAUGCUGAAUUAGAAACAAGUCCUGCUUUUACCAGAGAAUCAGAGUUUCUUCUUGAAACAUCAAUAGGUGGUCAGGAGAUGGUCAGUCCAGAGCUACAGCUUUAUGAAAUACCUCUGGACUCUGUCGCUCAUCCAAGGAUAGCUUAUAUUGGCUCAAAACGAGUAGCUCCCAAGAGAAUGGAUGAAAAAGCAAGAAAAAAGGAUGGAGUUUAUAAUGUUCCAUCUUUAACAAGAUACAAAAAACGAGAUACAGUAUACAACUCAGUAACAGACACAUGUAUGACAAGUGUUAUGAGUGAAGGGACCCUUGAUGGUAAUGGAUCUAUGAGCAGAAACACCUUAGCAACUGUCAUGCUGUCCAAUGGAGGGCUAGACAAAUAUGGAUCAACUUCACAUCACUUUGACAUUGCAACUGCCAAAGGUGUCCCAAGAGACAAGAGCUUUAGCAUGGACAGCCGUACAAGAAGUGUAUCUAACUUGAUCCAAAGUAGGCCUUUACCAGCUGUACCAAUAAACAAGCGCUUCUCCAAGAGUUUGGACAAACUAAGGUUCUUCAAUACACUACCAGUAAUGAAACCCAUGUCUCAUCAUAAAUUACCACUACCAGACCCUCCCUUAUAUGCCAACAUGGUGAGGUCUGCAAGCUAUGGUUCAAACUUACAAAGAACAAUAAACAAUAACAACUCUAUGGAUCCUCCACAGCUUUGUUCAAGGAAAAGUUCGCUGGACUUGCAGUCAAAGACAUCACCUCAAAAAUCAACACUAUCUGGUCACCGCAAGUCUAAGUCCCUGGAUACUCUCGUGUUAUUAAAGGAAAUUGAUUGGAAUGCUAUAAAUGUUGAUGUUUACCACUCUUAUGAAAGUGUUCAUGAGACAAAAAAUAUAAAUGAUGAAUAUGCUAGUGUUUCUGAUAGUCAGCCAAAUUCUCCAACAGCAUAUUAUUCUGAUAAUCUUUCACAGAAAAGCCCAACAAAAUCUAAUAUCCCAACACCACCGGGAAAUAACAAUGAUCUUGAAUCCAUUUAUGCCAGCUUAAGUCAAGAAGAUCUACACAAUACAGCCAUUCAAAAUGUUAAUGAAGUUAAUGAUAUAAGCUAUGAUUCAAGUACCAUGUCUUCCUUGUCAAGUGAAACAACAUCUCCUUAUGCAACUGUUCGCAUCAGUCAAAUUCCAGGCCUUAACUAUGACCAUGACAAGCAUGAACAAAUAUACAGCACCAAAUCACCUGAAAACUCUGGUGGUAGUUUAGAUACGCCAGAAAAUUCUGGUUCAUCAGUUAGCGAAAUAAAGCCAACACCUAAUUCUGCUCGCUCAAGCACACAUACAUAUCUAGAGUUGUUUCCUGGGGAUACUAACAGGGACAGUAUCAUUUCAGAAACAAGUUCAGGUUAUGCAAGGCCUGUUGCUGUCAUAAAAGACAUUGAAACAAUAAACAAAAAAGAAAAGGACAAAAAGACAAGUGAAAGGAUAAGCUUAUCAAAUGUACCAAUCCCAAUUGAAACUGCAGUUACAUUUGAUGAAGAAAAAAAUGGUGAUCCUUAUAGAACAGAUGCAGGAGAAAGUGAGGCGUAUGACAACCCGGUCAAGGUAUCUGAUGAUGAAAGUCAAAGAGUCAGUGAACUUAAGGAUAUACCAAAGGAGAAUGAGACAUCUGAAACUGAAGGAAGAAUACAAGAAAAUCCGUCCUCUAUUAAAGGACAAACCUCUUUAACACAAUAUGAAUUUGUUGAAGAAAAGGGUGAAAAGUUUCAUGUAAAUGAAUGGCCAUCAAGAGUUAGAAGUUCUAGUGAGCAUAGCGAAUGUGAAAUUUGAUGCAAAUAAUCACCAGUAGCUUAGACUAUUAAAUUAACAAUUGGACAUAAAUGCCUACUAAUCUCUUAAAAUAAAUGGAUACAAACAAAUUUGAAAUUAGGUUGAAAACAUAAGUCAGGCUCCAUUGUUUUGAUUCUCAAAACUGGCACUUUUUGCUACUAGUGAUCUCUCACUAAUAGGCUCAGCCAAUCAGAGCACAGCCAAUCAGUAGCUCAGCCAAUCAGAGCACAGGAUUCAUGAUAGAUCAUUUUAUAGUAGGGUUAGACUGAAACAGGUUAUGCAGACAGCUGGGCAUCCCAAAAUAGUACAGUUAUAAAUCCUUUUUUAAUUCAAACAAACUAUGCAUGUCAUAAUAAAGCUCACUGUCUCUGUAUGUGCUGCCAGUAAUAACCUUUAACGAUGCACACAUUGUUGAAUUAACUAGCAAUAUAUAUAACACUGGUUGUGCAAGAAAUCUUAAUGUAGGUAUUGCCCUGUGCAGGACACAUGGGAUUUCAUGCAGAGUAGUGGUUGAACUGCUGGUAUAAUCCCUUUACAAAAAGAUGGUAUGGUAUGAAAUGUUAUUACUGACAGUAGGCACAGAGCCUAAUAGACCUUAUUCAUUAUGGUGUAAUGUUUUCUCAUAAGUAAUUAACAGACCAUCAAGGUAUCAUUCCCUAGAAAAUAAAAUUGAGUUUCAUUUUUUAAGGUUCGGUAUCAUGCAUCCUGAUCGUCUGUGUGAGAGGUCUCGUAUCCUGGGGUAACGAUUGCUAAACAACAAUAAACAGGAAAAAGAGUUGGUCCAGAAAGGGAAAAACUUAAAAUGCCCUUGGGCACUGUUUUUCUCUAUCCACCCUCCUAGCUGCUAAAGAAACUAUGUGUAUCCAUAUUAAUGUGUCUUCUCAUGGAAAACUGUUAAACAAAGAAAUUAUAUUCUAGGGAAUGAUACAUGGUUCUGUAAUGGGAAAACAUUGUACCAAGGUAGCUAAAGGUCUAUUUGUUAAUAUGUUCUUUCAUAGGGAAUAAAAUUACAAGACAUUU